UGGCUAUAAAAUUGGCUUACCCUCGGUGUUAAGUUAUUAGUAGCUCAGUAUUAACCAUACAAACAACAAGUACAAACCGCCACCUAGAACAUCAUGAGAAUUUUCCUUUCUGUGUCCUGCAUCUUGCUGAGUGUGGCCUAUGCCUCAGCUGGCCGUCCAUCGGCCAGUUAUCUACCACCCAGCUAUGCUCCAGUUGGCGCUGCCGGCUCUAGCCAAUAUCCUCGUUAUCAUGGCGUGAACAGUGUUGCACCCAGCCGUCCAUUGCAUCAUGCCGCUGCCAUUUCAUCACCCGCUGCCGCUCAUCAUAGCGCCCAAUAUGGCCACAAUAGUGCUGCCGCCCAAAUUCCCAUUUUGCGCAAUGACUACACCAAUGAUGGCAAUGGAAAUUAUAAUUUCGGUUACGAAACGGGCAAUGGCAUUAAACACAAUGAAAGAGGUGAACUUCAAGGUGGUUGGCCCUCGGGCUCUCUGAAUGUUGAAGGCUCCUACUCCUAUACUGGGGAUGAUGGCAAGGUCUAUUCCGUGAAUUAUAAGGCCGAUAGCAAUGGUUUCCAUGCCGAAGGUGAUCAUUUGCCCACACCACCACCAAUUCCCAAGGAAAUUCAAGAGACAUUGCAUUUACAUCAACGUGGCAAUGCUGGUGGAUCUCAUUCCAAUUAUGCCGCUGGUGGUGUUGGUGGUUAUCCAGCCGGUGGUCACUAUGCCUCCACUGGUAGUCAUCACUCUCCCGCGGCCACUUACUUGCCUCCUUCACCCUAUGGUAGACGUCUGUGAGAAACUUUACCCGCAUCCCUUUAAGGAUCUCGUUUUAAGUUCUUUCUAUUCUUUCUAUGAAUAAAGUGUUGAGAAUUAAAGCCA